AUCGACUAUGGCCAACUUCAAGUGACAUAUAAUUUCUUUCCUGUUGAAAUUUUGACAAAUCAACAACUUAAAAAUGGCCAAACGCACUAAGAAGGUUGGAAUCGUGGGUAAAUAUGGUACCCGUUAUGGUGCUUCGCUUCGUAAAAUGGUGAAAAAGAUGGAAGUGACGCAACAUUCCAAAUACACCUGUACUUUCUGCGGCAAGGACUCAAUGAAGCGUGCUUGCGUUGGUAUCUGGUCCUGCAAACGGUGCAAGCGUGUAGUUGCCGGUGGUGCAUGGGUGUACUCGACCACUGCUGCCGCAUCUGUCCGCUCAGCUGUUCGUCGUUUGCGCGAAACCAAGGAACAAUAAGUUCCAUCGUAAAAUAUAAACAAUUUCUGCAGAUAAAUAUAUAAGAAUGUAUAAUUUACUGUGAAAUUGUCGCGGGUAUACCAAAUUUAUUUUUGGUUGUGUUGUUUGGCCGUCGGCAUAGGGACAUGCUUGUACAAGGAUAAAGGCGAAAAAAUAAUAAAUUUUUUAAGAAACAAAAA